CAUCCUCCAGGGCCGCUGGAGUUCGCGGGAAACCGGCUGUAAUCGAGAAACAGCAAGCUUGAUAGGCCCCGGGAUAAAACAGCCGUGUUUAAUACCAAAUCAGUAUUUCAGUUACUCGUUUUUACCCUUUUUGAACUGUAACGGUUGGAAACGUAGCGGUGACACUGCCUCAAAUCGCCGCCUUUCCACGUCUGCUGCCCCGGCUGUUAUGCUAACACCCGACGCCUCUAAGCUAGGUUGCCUCGUUGGCUAACAGGAACACUGUGCUUCAUGCGACAAGACACAGAAAAUACAGCCGACCUGAAAGAGACAAAGGGCUGUCGCUGUCUGACACGGACAGACUGUUGACAUGUUCAACUUGGAGCGCUUUCGUUAUGACAAGAAGGGAGCGACGACGACAAACAAAGAGCAGGAGAGCGGGUCCAAAAGUCCAGAGUCUGAGAAGGAGAACAAGCCAGCUAAGAUGAAACCUGUGAAAACCCCAUCAAAGUCCCAUGCCCGAGGAGUGGUGUUCGAGGAAGUCAUCUCAAUCGACUUGGAGGAGGAUGAGCGACUCCCUGAAGUAAAGUCCAAAACACCACACAGCAGGAAGUCCAAGAGUCCCAAAGGGAAGUCAUCGAACAAUGUGGCAUCAUAUCACACAGAUGACGAGGACAAUGAAUUGGAGGAGAAAAUGAACAGAAUACUGGAGAUAUUUCCUCAUUUGCCAAGGACAGAGCUGCUUGAGAUCAUUGGGAGCACAAGCACAUUGGACGGGGCUGUAGCUGCAUGCCUUUUAAAGUUUGGGGAUAAAGAAGCUCCACACCAAGGCAGGAAGAGAAAGCAGGAUGGAUCCAGCAGUUCUCAGGACAGUGGUGACAUUCAACCCAGCAAGAAGAGUAAGCCAUCAGAAGAACUGACUUCUGAUGAUGAGGAUGAUGACGACAAAGAGCCAAACUGGGAGAAGCAGGAAGCCAUGGUCAGAAAACUGCAGAAAAAGUUUCCUGAUCAGGACAAGGAGGAGCUGCGGAUGGUGCUGCAGGAACACGACUGGAAUGUUGAGGAUGCUCUGCAGGUUCUACAGAUGUUCUCAGACCCAGAUAAUACCAGUUACAGCUCACCUGAUACAGAAGAAAAGAAAUCCAGUAAAGAAAAGAGCAAAGACAAGACAAGCAAGAACCACAGGAAUCUGAAACACCACAAAGUCAGUAAAAGUAGGAGAGGUCAAAAGGACUCUAAAUACCACAGAAAUGUUAGUGAAUCAGAGGAGGACAGUAAAGAUGAUACAGAUGCUACAAAGGACAGCGAAGAAGAGUCAGACUCAGACAACAGUGAUGGCCCUGAAAAAAGGAGUAGCACUUCCACUUUGUCCUCAUGGCUCAAGAAAUGCUCUGAUUUCGUACCUUCAUCCUCCUCUGUCAAGAAAACAACUACCUCAGCCCCCCCGAAGCCAUCCUCUUCUUCCUCUACUGCCCAGAUGUUGUCCAGAUUUGCCAGUGGGACCAGUAUAGCUAAGAAGCAAGCGGCAGAGAGAAAGAGGAAGGCGCGUGCCUCAAACGAACAUGUCAGUUCUGAGGGGGAAAAUGACGAUGAAGAGGACACUGUUAGCACUGAGUUUGAGGACUCUGACGAUGAGCUGGACACUGAAAGUGGCAUGACAGACCUGAAGAAGGAAAUACUGAAGUUCUUCCAGGAUGCAUCGAUCGACGAGCUGACGCUGAUUGCGGGGUGCUCUGUUAAAAAGGCCCAGAAGAUUGUGGAACUGAGGCCCUUUGACAGUUGGAAGAGUCUGGUUGACGUCUUCCACAAGGACAAUGGACUGUCGGAGAACUUACUGCUGGGCUGCAGAGUCGUCCUCAAAGAGCGGAACAUUGUCCUGGGGCUGAUGUCCAAAUGUGAGACCAUUGCAUCAAAAAUGGUCAAACAGGUUACUCAGCUGACGGACAGGGGCACAGGAGCCACUAAACAGCCCACCCUGCUUAACAGUCAGUUCCAGUUGAAACCCUACCAGGUGAUUGGUCUAAAGUGGCUGCUGCUUCUGCAUGAGCACAAACUGAGUGCUAUCCUCGCUGAUGAAAUGGGUUUGGGGAAAACAAUCCAGGCUAUUGCAUUUCUGGCCCAGCUAUAUCAGAAUGGAAUAGAGGGUCCUCACCUCAUCAUUGUGCCAGCCUCUACAUUGGAUAACUGGGUCAGAGAGCUGAAGCUUUGGUGUCCAAGCCUCAAAGUGCUCGUCUACUGCGGAUCUGUGGAGGACCGCCGCUACCUCAGACACGACCUCCUCAAUGAAGAUGUUGAGUGCAACGUCAUUGUGACCACGUAUAACAUGGCCAUAGGUAAUGACAGCGACCGUGGCCUUUUCCGUAAGCUGCCUCUGAAGUAUGCAGUGUUUGACGAAGGUCACAUGCUGAAGAACAUGAACUCUCUGCGCUACCGCCACCUUAUGGCUAUAAACGCAGAGCAUCGCUUGCUGCUGACAGGAACGCCUUUACAGAACAACCUCUUAGAGCUGAUGUCUCUCCUGAACUUCAUCAUGCCUUCUAUGUUCUCUAGCUCCCAUUCACAGCUCUCCAAAAUGUUUUCUAUGAAAUCCCAUGAGGAGCAGAGCCGCUUCGAGAGGGAUCGUAUUUCUCAGGCCAAACUCAUCAUGAAACCUUUUAUCCUGCGAAGAGUCAAGAACGAGGUCCUCAAGCAGCUGCCAGCCAAGGAGGAGAAGGUUGAGUUCUGUCCAAUGAGUGAGAAACAGCAGGUUCUUUACCAGACUCUGUUUAAAAAACUCAAGGCCUCCAUCAAUGGCGAGAAGCGUGAGUUGUGUAAUGUGAUGAUGCAGCUGAGGAAGAUGGCCAACCAUCCUAUGCUUCAUAGACAGUACUACACCACAGAAAAGCUCAAAGCCAUGAGCAAACUCAUGCUCAAGGAGCCAACCCACUUUGACGCAGAUGCUGCUCUGAUCCAGGAGGACAUGGAAGUGAUGUCAGACUUUGAGCUGCAUCGUCUGUGCCAGCAAUACUCCUCCAUCAGCUCCUACCAGCUUGAAAACAAUGUCCUGCUUGACUCUGGGAAAUUCCACCACCUCACAGAGCUGAUGGCCUCACUUAAAAACAAGGGAGACCGAGUGGUAUUAUUCAGUCAGUUCACCAUGAUGCUGGACAUUGUGGAGGUGCUGCUGAAACAUCUUAAGCAUCGUUACGUCAGACUGGAUGGAUCCACCCCCAUAGCAGAAAGGAUUGUGUUGAUCGAUGAGUUCAACACAGAUCCUGACAUAUUUGUGUUCCUGUUGUCAACACGUGCUGGCGGCCUGGGCAUCAACCUCACCUCAGCCAAUGUUGUCAUCCUACACGACAUCGACUGCAAUCCUUACAACGACAAGCAGGCAGAAGACAGGUGUCACCGCGUCGGCCAGACCAAGACUGUAAAGGUGAUUAAGCUGAUCAGUAAGGACAGCAUAGAGGACUGCAUGCUGCAGCUGAGCCAGAAGAAACUAAAGCUGGAGCAGGACAUGACGGCUGUUGACGGUGAUGAUGGGACCAUUCCUGAAGAUAUGGCAACUUUGCUCAAAGCCUCACUGGGACUGUGAUGCGCAAACACACAAAACUGUAGAGUGUACAAACACAUUUUUUGAUGGCAUUCCUGUGACUCUGGGCAGACUUGAGUGUUCCGACUGAACACACACACUUCUGUGUCUAUACUGGAAAACUACUGAGAACCAUAUGCUGCCAAGUUCUGUUAUUGAGAUCUGAUUUACUCCGUAGUGUGGCAGCUGUGCCUAAAACACUAUUUUUUUCAUGCAUACAGUUACAGUUUUUGCUCCUACUUUGACAUGAGAUCAAUAUAUAAAGGAAGAACAAAAAUGUUGCCUUUAGAAUUGUAUGCACGCCACACGUUACACACACGUUAAAACUUGAAAGAAAGUGGUGUUUAGAAGUUCAGACCAAACUGUCAGUGAUGCAGCAUGUGUUGAGACUGCACCAUGGCACUUGUUUAAAUAAAAGUAUCAUUGAAGUUCCCAUAACUCUGCAGUCUUAUAUUCACAUUCAGAUAAAGACAUGCAGGAAAGGAAAAUGAUGCUUACUGGCAGUCUGUGGUGUAUGAACUAUUCCAAGGUCUUUCUGUGUGAAGAGAUGGAGGAUGGUAGAUUUUUAUAACCAUCCUUCCUACCUGACACUGUUGCAUCUUGCCUAAUGUACUUGCUCUUACUUGCCAGGUCUUUAAAAAAAAAAAAAAGAAACUUAACAUCAAAGCAUUUUUGCUGCUUUAUUUUACAGCAACAUUUAACAGCAGCCGAUAUGACAACUAUACAGAACAUGUUGCUGCUCCUCUGAUACCAGAACUAAUCAAACAUUUUGACAGUUUUGGUUGCCUCACGAAAUCAGCCAAGUAUCUGGAAAAUUGUAUCUCUGUAGGUGUUAUGUGUUGAGUUUCAUCCAAAUGAUUUAAUUUUAAAGGUCUAGUGUGCAGGAUUUAGCGGCAUCUAUUGGAAGAAAUGGUGUGUAAUAUGUUUUUAUUAGUUAAUAGUCACCAGAAAAUACGUAUAGUUGUGUUUUCAUUGCCUUGUAAUGAGCGGUUUAUAUCUAGAUACAGAAAGGGUUCUCCUCCAUGGAGUCCGCCAUGUUGUUCUACAGUAGCCCAGAAUGUAGAAACCAAACACUGGUUCCAACUGGGGCAUUGAUGUUUUCAUGUUUUCACAUCAGCCACCGUAGUUGCUCACGCAGAAGAGAAGUUUCAGUUCUGCAACCUCACCUCUAGAUGCUUCUAAAUCUGACACACUGGACCUUUUAGUCAUCUUUUUGGCGAAGGCUGAUACAUGGUAUUGUGGGUGUAGUCAAUAAGUUUCGUACACAAAUAUCCCAGUUUUUCUAGUGUGUAAAUCUAGAAAAACUACAGCAAAAAUAAAAAAAACAAUGUCUUUAGUAAGAACAGUGCUUGAAUUGGUUUCCUCACUGUUUCUACUCCUUUCAAUAUCUCGAGCUGAGCGACACAGAAGAUGGUGAUUUAAUGAAGCAGCUGCAGCAUUUAUGUACUGUAUAAGUGGCUAAUGUGUUGUAAGUGUACGUGUAAAAGCUUUUACUAUACUUUGUAUGUUUUUAAGGUUCCUGUAUGAACUGAAUAAUAAAAGUUGGAAUAAA